ACCUCUACAGCACAGAGAUCCAGCCAUGGUACCUUCAAUCACUUCAACUAUGAUCUACUCUAAGGAGCACCUGACUCUGACAAACAAGCUAAGAAAGCCAGUGGUGGAGAAGUUACGCAGAGAUCGUAUCAACAACAGCAUUGAGCAGCUCAAGUCUCUCCUGGUUCCAGAGAUCCUCAACCAGCAGUCCGACUCUAAGAUGGACAAAGACGACAUCCUGGAGAUGACAGUUUGCUUCCUGAGACGACAGCAACAGAACCAGCCAGUGAGCUCCUCCUCCUGCUCAGCACCUGUCAAUCAGGGUUACUCCAGGUGUGUCCAAGAGAUUGUUCACUUCCUUUCUAAAGAUGAGCAGAAGUCACAGUCCCAGAGAAGACUGCUGCGACACUUCCAGAGCCUGCAGCCAUCCUCUGAUAAGAACAGGAGGGAGAUUGACGGUCCUCAGCUGAGCUCCCCAGUCCAGCACAGCAUCAGCAAAGAGAAGAGUCCAGUCAACAUCGCCCCCUGGAGGCCCUGGUAGAG